CAUGACUGACAAUUAAACACAAAAUUGGGGAGAUUUAUCAUCCGAUGAAGAAAAUGAGAAACCUUAAGUUGAUUCUCAAAAUGCUAAAACUCAAAAUUAAUAGGGAGGAAAUAAACAAAGAAACAAUUAAUCACAACAAGGCUCAUCUACCAGAUAAUAAAGAUAGAGGCAAGAUUAAACAUAAGGAGAAGAUAAUUAGAACCUAGAAAAUGAUAGAAAUGAUAAGGAUACCGAUAAUCCUGAACACUCUAAUUAAUAGGGAAAUUAUAAUUAGAGAAAUAAUCAAUAUAAAAAAGGUUAUAGAGAUAACAAAGAUAAAAGAACCAGAGGAGAUGGUAAUUAUAGAGGAGAAGGUAAUUACAGAAGAGAUGGUAAUUAGAGAGGAGAUGGUAAUUAUAGAGGAGAUGGUAAUUACAGAGGUGAUGGUAAUUAUAGAGGAAAUGGUAAUUAUAGAGGAAAUCGAGAUAAUUAAAAGAAUUUUAAAAAUAGAGAUUAUAAUUCUAACUAAGAUGAUAGAUAAGAUAGAAAUGAUAGAUAAGAUAGAGAAGACAGAAAUGAAAGAAGAAAAAAUUAAGAUAGGGAUAACACUGGUAUUUAUUUUAAUAAUCAAUUUAGGAUUUCUUGAGUAAAAGAAAGAAUAAUUAAAUAAUUAUAACGGAGAUAGUAUUAAUAUAUUACUUCAUUAUAAAACUGGUGAGAUAUAAUUGAAAUAAGAAUUAAAAGAUAUUGAAAUGAAAAAUUUUAUUACUAAUGAUGAUUAAACAAGAUUUGAUGUAGAUAAAGAGAACGCUCUUAGACUUUUGGAUGUUUUUAAAUUAUAAAUUGUAUAGCAUCUUGUUUUAUAAAUAUUGUUUAGGAAUUAGAUGGAAGAAUCCAUAAACUUUAUAUGAGAAUAGGUUCAGAUCAUCAUGAUAAAAACAAUUAUGGAAAUAGAGGAGGAUAUCAAAAAUAACCUUAUUAAUAAAGAUAAUAACAUAAUGAUGAACAAAAUGAAUUUGGAAAUAGAGACAGAGACACAAAAUUCUAAAACAAAAGAAAUAAUUUUGAACCACCUAAAAUUAUUAGAAAUACAUCUUCAAGAGUUGAUGAUAAUGUAAUUUAAGUUUUAUCUUAUUAGUUAUAAUAAUAAACUGAAUAACAAUAAUAGCCAUAAAAUGAAGUUUAAUAGAGUUAAUAAAAUGAUGCCACAUAAUAGUAAUAAACUUAAAAGAUAGAAAGAACAGAUGAUAAGCCUAUUGGUUAAGAAGAAAAUAAUUAAUAAUUUAUACAAAAGGAGUAGAAUCAAUCUAGAAAUUAUUACAAAGGUCAUGAUAAUUAAAACAGAGGCUAUAAAUAAAAUAAUAAAUAAUAUAAUAAUUAUGACAGAGAAUAAAAUAAUUAAAAUUAAGAUUAAAAUGAAUAGGGCAAGGAUGAAUAAAAUUAAUUUAGAAAUAAUAACAAUAAUUAUAAUAAUAAAUAUAGAGGAAAUAAAGAUAGAUAAUACAAUAGAAAUUAAAAUGAUAAUAAUGAUUAAGAAGUUUAAAAUAAUACAGAAGAUAGUAAUAAUCAAAGAGGAGGACAAAGAAAUUAUUAAAAUAAUAGAGGAAAUUACAGAAAUAACAAUAAUAGAAAUAAUAGAAAUGAUGAUAAAGAUAAUGAAAUUGAUAAUGAUAAUAGGAACAAUAAUGAUGGAAAUAAUUAUAGAAAUUAUAAUAGAAAUAAUAAUAAUAAUGAUUAAGACAAUAAUAAUAGAAAUUAUAAUAAAGAUAAUUAUAGAAAUAAUAAUAAAAAUUAUAAUAAUAGAGAUAAUAGAGGAUAUGAACCCAAAUAAUAAUAAGGUUAAUAAGGAGAUGAAGAUGGUUAAAAAAAAUAGAAUUUUAGAGGAAAUACAUAGGUAAAUUAAAUAUUAAAAUAUAGAAUGAAAUUAAAGAGUUUGCAUUUAGUCAACAUUAUGAUAAGUAAAAGAAAGAACCAUAGAAAGCAGGAAUAAAAUCAAAUAAUAUAUUCGACGCAUUAAAGUGAGUG